AUGAAAUGGACAGUUUUCCUUUUCGCUUGUCUUUUGAUCGACGCUGUGCACUCCAGAAUCUUGCAUAAACCUCAUGAAUUCUUAUGCGGCGCGUUGUUCGUGUUCGGCGACUCUUUGUCAGAUGACGGUAUCGAGGUGGCCGAUGAAUCUUAUGGCUUCGAGCGGACAAGCAACGGUCCAGUGUGGCCAGAGUACCUCCAGAAAAUGCUCGCCUGCGAUCGGUACGUCAACUACGCUUAUUCUGGAGCGAAAAGUGGUCGCGAUAAUUUCUAUUUCCCAAAUUGGAGCGGAUUGUUAUGGCAAGUGGAAAGAUUCGUGGACACGCAUCCACAAAUCCCUAGUGACUCUCUAAUGAUCAUGCAAGCCGGCGGGGCUAUCGACUUUUUCACUGGAAACAAUAAAACGCAAGAGGUUGUCGAGAAUAUUCAUGAGGCGAUGAAUGUCUUGUUGAAGACAAUGACCGCUGGAACGAUUCUGGUGUUAAAUAUUGUUGAUCAAAGCUCGGCACCAGGUGUCCUGGCUGCAGAAGAGAGUCAAGUGUUGCAGAAGAGAAUCUCGGCGAUGGUUGGAGAAGCGAAUACGCAAUUAACCCACCUCGUCUAUGAUAGUGAACUGGGUUUGCGAAAAAAAGCGCCAGCAAUCACGGUGAGAGUGCUCGACUUGAACGGAGUGGUCGUUCGGGCGAUGACCGACCUCAACACCACUGAGCCAUUCACUCAUCACACAAAAGACACUGGCACUCGCUCAAUCUACCAGUACGCCUAUCACGAUUUAUGGCAUCCCUCCACUUUCGUGCAUCACAAAAUCGCGCAAGCAAUCGUCCGAGAGCUACAAGAUUUG